UCUCGGCUCGGCUCGGCUCAGGGCUCACAAGCCCACGCGGUCAACGGUUUGACCACCCGCCAUUCCUCCUGCUCUUCGUCUCGCUUUCAAAGCCGAGGCGCCCCGGUCCUCUCUUCCUCCCCACCUCCCCCUCCCCCUGUUGGAGAAGUCAAAUACUCACCCCCACACCACGAGUCCGCAGUCCGCCCGCAGUCCGUCUCCGCCCUCGCGAAAGCUCGCCGCUGCUGCGUCCCGGCGCCCCGUGGCGGCACGGCACUCGGGGGGAAAGGCGGUAGGCGGAGAGGCUUCGGCGAGCCUUCGGGAGGAGGCGGUUCUUGGUGCCGUCUCUGCAGCGGGGCCGGGGAUAAUUGAUAAGGGCGCGGGCGUGCUCUUCAGUCUUGACUCGCCGGGGCUGUCGCGGCGGCUGGAUUGGAUUCGGUUCGUCCUCUCCGGUCACGGCGGCGGCGGUUCAGGUGAGCCUGCCUGGUUGGUUUCUCUGAAUAUACGCAGAGGAAGGUUCGAGAUUGGGUUUUUGUUCCUGCGAUUGGUCCCUUGUCGCUUUUCGUGGUUCAUGCCUUGAUUGCCUUCCAUGUUCACCAACAAAAGGGAUUAGUCGAUUGGUCUUGUACUCUGCUUAGAUUUUCUUCAGGAACGCAGGCUACUUUUCCUUUCUUGAUUGAUCAGGUUUGUGAAUCUCGUGUCAGAUGGAGGUCCGAAUGGGAACGACUUCGUUGCCCUACCGCGAUUUUCUGACGCUAUUUUCCAAGUUUCGAUUGCUUAAGAAUCGUGAAAAAUGUGGAACUUUGCUGACGAUGCAUGGUGGACUUCUAGGAGAUUGGUUGUGAAAUGUGAUUGGUUACGCUUGAUUGUGCACUAAAAUUAUUGGUCGCGGAAUGGAUUGGGUCGUCUAAUCAUGGACUAAUUUAGUGGCACCAGGGUUAGUUAGAUGGUAAACAUCAGUUUGUGAUGACAGACCUCACAGAAGUACAUCAGAGUUUCUCAGAAAUAAAUUAGUUUGAUGCGUUGGAUAGAUAUACAAUCAUGAUGCGCGGUCCAUGCCUGCCCAAUCAUGGCUUCUUUCUGAAUAAAUACUAAAUGCAUACAAGUUAUAGUGGACUUAGUCUAAUUUUUUAUGUUGGCACUGACUCCGGAGCCUAAGGUAGUUCGGUUUCACCUGCCCACUUGUACGAAGCAACUGUGCAGUGAUCGAAACUACAUGGAUGUGCUAAGUCAUCACAUAUACUAUUUGUAAGCUUGAAGUGCAAGCAUGCUUGUCUGGGUGAAUUCGAAGCAAACAAUGAUCGUUGUGAGUUCUGCAAGCAGAUUGUGUGUUCGCUUUAUUUUUACAGUUUAUUGUACAAUUUACUGCUAUUGUAACUUAUGUAUUGCAUUCAGUAAUGCGAGUUGGACAAUCAUGACCAAAAUUGUUAGCCAUAGAUAGUAUGUUUUAAACUUGAAAUGAUGUCUCCAGUAUAGCUUUUCUUUACAGGUAACAUUUGGCGUCCUCUCUUUUCAGGACAUGGUAGAAGUCUAUGAGCAUCAGUAUAAUGCUUGUGUUGAUAUCAUAAGUGCAAUCUGAAGUUAUCGAGCUGACAGCACUACUGCAGAUAUAAUACUUUGAGAAUCUCAAAUGAGUUGCUUUUCUAUCUUUUGCAAGAAGAGAAGGACAAGGCGCCUACCAAGUUCCCACCAUAAUGAAGACGUCCCUGGUGGCCCAAAUAUAAAAAGAUACACUUAUAGGGAGCUAGUAAGGGCAACAGAAAACUUUAGCCCAUCAAACAAGAUUGGUGAGGGUGGUUUUGGUUCGGUAUACAAGGGACAGCUCAAGAAUGGAACAAUUAUUGCUGUCAAGGUUCUUUCGUCAGAGUCAAGACAAGGAGUAAGGGAGUUUCAGAAUGAACUUGUGGCGAUUUCUGACAUCUCACAUGAUAAUCUUGUGAAACUGUAUGGGUAUUGUGUGGAAGGAGAUCAAAGAAUCCUUGUUUACAAUCAUAUUGAAAAUAAUAGCCUUGCACAAACACUUCUAGGUUCCAACCACAGCAAUAUCCAGUUCAAUUGGAAAACUCGAGUGAAUAUUUGCCUUGGAAUUGCACGGGGACUAGCAUACCUACAUCAUGGUGUAAAUCCCCACAUUGUUCAUCGAGACAUCAAAGCAAGCAAUAUACUUCUUGAUAGGGAUCUUACCCCAAAAAUCUCUGAUUUUGGUCUAGCAAAGCUUCUUCCACCAAAUGCAACACAUGUUAGCACAAGAGUUGCAGGAACACUAGGCUAUUUGGCUCCUGAAUAUGCCAUUCGAGGACAGGUGACACGUAAAUCAGAUGUUUACAGUUUUGGUGUUCUGCUUCUGGAAAUAGUUAGCGGGAGAUCCAACAGCGAUACAAGAUUAGCAUAUGAAGAUCAGAUACUCCUUGAAAAGUUCCCAGCGAUCACCAAUGGGGUUCUCCUCUUGCAGACAUGGAUUUAUUAUGAACAGAGAGAUUUGGAGAAAAUCAUAGACAGCUCUUUGGGCGAUGACUUGGACGUCGCACAGGCUUGCAGGUUCCUGGAAAUCGGGCUCUUGUGCACACAAGAUGUCACAAGACACCGACCUGACAUGUCAAAGGUCAUUGCCAUGCUUACAGGUGAAACGGAUGUUGAGUCAGCGAAUAUCAGCAAGCCAGCUAUAAUUAGCGACUUCAUGGAUCUCAAGGUAAGAAGCAUGAGGAAACCAAUCGAAAUUGCAGCAUCGUCCACAUUCCUGUCCUCCCUGAAUGCACACUCUUCUCCUAUGCUGUCUAACGAGACAACAGAGACCUCCAUGAUAUCCACUGUAUCGGAUCGUGAGUAAUCCAUUCGUUUGUGAAGAAAUAGAUUGUUAGUGAAGUGAGUUGGUAUCAGGUAUGAAACACAUGUAGACAGUAGCAUAGGUGGACACCUUGUCCAGAAGUUUACCAGCUGGAUUCUUUUUUCAUGUAUAGAUUGAAUUGCUUCACUUGUAGUCUGAACAUCAUUGUUGAGCCAAAGGAGUACAUAUGAGGGAACAACUUCUGUAUGUACAAUACUAGAUUGAUUACACAUUUUCAUUGUACAUGUACAACCUGUUUUUGGGUGAUAAACUAAUUUGGAAUGAUUUCAACUCA